CAGCAAACAUGGCUGUGAUCGGACAAAGUGAAUGUGGAUUUCUCGUUGAUCACAGGAAAAGUAUUUCUGAAUCAGUUUCAUGGUUGUCACUGUCAUGUAAAGAGGCUUUCUUUGCUCUUUACGAGCCGUAUUUUCGAUCUUCAACAAACUGCAGUUCAUCGGGAUCAAAAAGGAGAAAGCGCAAGAAACCUGCUCAAGUUGUUCGAACAGAGGAAGAAUUAGAUGCUGCUGCACACCAUGACAAGAUAAAAGACACAAUUGCCACAGGAACAAAGAAGCUUGUGCAGGUUGGAGUGGAUAUCGGCUAUUUUCUGCCUGAAAAUGAUCAUAAUGAACAAAACAUUUUAAUGUCAGCUUUACCUGAAGAUGGGAAAAACUUUUCUGAAUUGUCAGCUGAGGUACAAAGUUACAGCAGAUGUCAAUCCAGUGAUUAUUUGGAACCUUUAAUCAUUGAAGGUAAUUUCACUGGAAGUGAAAAGUGUCUGUUGAACCGCAUCAUUUGUCACCCGUGUAACAAACCUACAGUGUUGAAUUUGUCUGGAGAGAGAUAUAUCUUACCUGCAGAUUGCAACUUCUUGAUGUCUGACGCAGAGAACUUAGGACCUCUUGUUAAUUAUGCCCAAGGCAGUGGUGGUUAUAAGUUGUUGGUAUUGGAUCCCCCUUGGUUCAACAAGUCUGCAAAGCGUGGCUCAAAGUAUUCCUUCAUGUCCAUGUGGCAAAUAAAAUCACUCCCAGUCCCUUGCCUACUUGCCCCUGGUGCUUUGGUGGGGAUCUGGGUAACCAACAAACAGAAGUACUUAAGGUUUACAAGGUCUGAGCUCUUUCCUCAUUGGUCUGUUGAACUAAUGGCAGAGUGGUUCUGGGUAAAGGUAACAAAAAAAGGAGAGCUGGUGACUGAUUUAGAUUCGCCUCAUAAAAAACCAUAUGAGCCACUGUUACUUGGACGUUUUAUUCCAAAGAUGGAUGGUCUAUGGACAUCUUGUGACCUUCUAAAUAAGGCAAAAAAGUCUUCUGAAAAGGAGAUGGAAUCAAUCUUUGUUGACAGGGGAUCUCUCAAUGGUUCUUCACUCCCAACUAAAAGAAAAAUGGUCAGUGAUAAUGAUGAUGUUAUUGGGACAGAAUACACUUGUGACAUAAAUAAAAAUACAGCCACAGAGAUGUCACUUGAGUGGAAACCACCAUCAAUAUAUUACAGCCAAGACCAUGAAUAUAAUGGAACAGGAGUUCAGAAUCCAAGAAAACAUUGGUUAAAUUGUCAAGGAGUGUAUAGUAAAGAUAAAAUGGACAUCGCAAGUGAGGGCUUGAAUAGUUCAUCUGAUGUUGUGCAGAAGGUUAGGGGGCAGAGGAAGGAAGGCAAUGUUGGUAUUUCUGAACAUAGUUUGAACAUCUCAAGUGUAGAAUCAAAACCUAAAAAACCAGAACCAGAACCAAAACUUUGUGAUUUGUUACCAUAUCAUCAGAUCAUAUGCAGUGUUCCUUGUAAGAUUCAUUCCAGGAAGCCUCCUUUGCAUGAAAUCUUUUCUAAAUAUGUGCCACCUAAUUCAUUAUGUCUGGAGAUGUUUGCUCGAAAUCUAACUCCACACUGGACCAGCUGGGGAAAUGAGGUACUCAAGUUUCAGAGCAUGGAAUACUUUGAAGAGUCUACAACUGAACAAGUACCAAGGAAAAUUCAAGAAGAAAAUUAGUCUUCUUACUGAUUGCUGUGUAUAACUUUGUGGUCACUUUAAGCAGAAUAGUUGAAAAUGCAUUGGGUCAUAGAUUUUUGUCAUAAAAUUAAUUAUUUCUGAUUUCUGUAUAUCAUUUUACGUCCAAGUUUCUGACAGUCAUCUUUGGCAUGUUUGCUCAAAAACUGUGAAUUACUUUCUUUUAAUUGUGAAAUUCUUUAUCUGAAGUGGAAACUUAAGGGCCAUGAAUGUCUCCGGAAAUGUAAAGUAAAAACGUAACAACAUCUGCAUCCCAUACAAUUUAGCGCUUACUUCAUAAUGUUAAACUGGGGAAAAGCUAACACCUGCGUUAUUAGUAUAAGUUUUUAAACAACAUUAUUUUCAUUACAUGCCGCUUAAAAUAACGUGGCAACGAGAAGAACUUAUGUUUCAAUCGGUUGAAUUGGCGUUAGUAUGAUGUUAAAGGAAACAAAAGAAAAUGACCUGUUUUCAAUUCUACGUGUAUAGAAAACAAACAGUUGCGUUGCGUUCUUCAAACUCAACAGGUCGUCCCAUCAUUAACGCAGAUUGUCCCAACCCUUUUGACCGAGGGGCCAGAAAAUAGAAUGAUAAAAGAAUGUGAAGAAUCCCCCAAUUUCCUGAUCUGAACUCACUGUAUCUAAAGUAGAGAAUAAUUACAACCAUACUUCAUUGAACAACAUCACGAUUGAAUACUGAAAGCAGAAAUCAUUUGCAAGAAGUUGUCUAAAACUGUUAUUAUUUCAGAAAAAAAUUGCUUGUGCAAUCAAUAAUUUCGUCUUAAUAAUUGGAAAUGUACCUGCGUGGGUGGGAAUUGUCAAUUUGGUCCCUCCUCCACUGUAAGCUUUUAUCUGUAUUUUUUAACGUUUGACAGAGAAGUUCUGACCGCUGUGUAGCGGAGAUCCAUACUCACUGAAAAUUCUGUUACGUAACCCGUGCAGUUAUUUUACAAUGGUUUCUGACGAACACUCAUUCUUUCCUGUACUUUUUCAUCAUGAAAAUCUGGAGUAAGUUAGAAUGAAUUCAGUACGUUCGUACUGAUUUCUUUCUUUAUGUUAUAGAUAGUUUUAACCAUCUGGAAUGAGUGAGAGCUGCAAGAUGCUUUCCAAUCUCUUAAUUAAAGUUGUUGACAAGUACCAUUAAUUAAUGUUUAAGUAAUUAAAAACGGUUAGAGGGCGGUUUGCAACAGAGAGAAAUAUCAGUAGCAAGCAGGCAAUACCAACACGUCUGUUGUACUUAUCAUCAAGAUUUUGAAAACUUUACACUAUGAUUUACAAUUUGUGAUUCUUGAGGUGAUCUGAUUUGUUACAAAGCAUCAUAAUCAAGUCAUAAAUGUAUACAAGAUGCAUGCGGAGAAAUCAAUCUGGAAGAUAAGUAAUUCCCAUUUUGGAAAUUCUUGAACUUAGGGUUAUCAGUAAAAGAUUCUUGGCGUUCGGCCUGUACUUUUCCGAACUUUGUUUUCCUUCUUGAUCUAAGUUUAGAAUUGUUGUUUACCCAAAGCUCCUUUCACAAAGUACAAAACUAGGUGUGUAAGGAAGAAAGAAAAUCUCCUUCACCAGAAAGAUUACUCGCAAAACUGAAAACGAUGGUGAUUUUCAAAGGUUCUUUAGUCAGGUGUAAAGCCUGGACUAAUCUGUGAUAAGAAAUCUCUAUGGUUUGAUAACGAAAAAAGAAGUCGGAUAUCAAUUGCUGUUGACCUGGAAUGCUUAUUUAUAUGAACGUGUAUUGCUGUAACGCACGUGUUUAACAAACUGAAUCAUUCUGGAGAGGCACUUAGUUCAACGUUUCAUGGGCAACUAAAGACGGGUGUUUUAAGAUGGGAAAGAAGUUUCCAGUAUCAAGAUGAUGGCGGAUAUUGACAUCUGACGAUGCAGCACUUUGUAAUCUAGGUUUCGUGUUAGUUUGUUUUCCUUUCAGUGAUAGGGUUUAGAAAUAAACUAGACAUCUUACAGCUUCAA